ACUACAGACACCCUUAGUCACGGCAAGAAUGUGCAGUGGGCAAUCGUAUUCGUUCUUUGGUCAACAAUGUGAUUCAUAAAUGUGCUUCAAAAAUGCCCCACACGGCUCACACCGCCCAGUUCUAACCCGACGUUACACCAUGAGUACGGCGGUGUUUCUGGCUCUCCUCGCGCUCCUGCAUCGCGGAGCUUCAGCGAACGUGAAGAACCUCCCCGAGACCCUCCACCAGGAGACAGCGGCGGGAGGGAAGGAAGUUACCGGGCAGAUCACGCUGCACUGUCCGGCCCAGCCCGCCCCGUCCUGCCCGGCUCUGGACCAGCUCCUGCUGUAUCUGAGCGCACAGGACAGCCUGGGGGAACAGCUGGGACAGCUGAAGAACAGGACAGACGGUCUAGAUGGACAGCUGCAACAACUUGCUCAGGAGCUGGCUGAAUUUCAGAUUGACGCUGACCUGAAUGCCACAGUGGAGGCUCUUCAGGUGACAGUCAGCAGUCAGGACAACAUCAUACAGCAGCAAGCUGCAGUCUUACAGCAGCUGCAGGGAACUCUGCAGCAACAAGCCAGCAGUCUACAGCAACUAGAGACAACCUUGCAGCAACAAGCCAACAGUCUGCAGCAACUGCAGACCACCAAUCAGCAACAAGCCAGCAGCCUGCAGCAACUGGAAGCAACCAAUCAGCAACAGGAAGCAACCUUGCAGGAACAAGCAGCAACUUUACAACAAUGCACCACAGAGCUGCAGCAGCUGGAAGACAAGGUGACUGGCCCUCAGACCUGCAUGGACCUACUCAACAGCGGCCACAACACGAGUGGAGUCUACACCAUCUAUCCAGCCGGAGAAGUCACAAGUCCCAUCCGCGUCUACUGUGACAUGGACACCGACGGGGGAGGGUGGACGGUGUUCCAGAGGCGGAAGGACGGUUCGGUAGAUUUCUUCCUGGACUGGCAGAACUACAAGGCGGGGUUCGGGGACUUGGGAGGAGAAUUCUGGCUUGGCAAUGACAACCUGCACCGCCUGACGGCACAGGGAGGGCACGAGCUGAGGGUGGACCUGGAAGACUUCGAGGGAAACUCGGCCUUCGCCAAAUACAGCAACUUCAGGGUGGAGAACGAAUGGAACAAGUACAAGCUGACUGUGGGGGGAUACUCGGGAACUGCAGGUGAUAGCAUGUCCCGUCAUUCGUCUAUGUUUUUCACAACCAAGGACAGGGAUAAUGACGUGGGAAAUGCCAACUGUGCCCAGCAAUACAAGGGAGCCUGGUGGUACUAUAGCUGUCAUAGGGCCAACCUGAACGGCCUGUACCACGGCGGGGCCCACCAGUCUUACGCGGAUGGAGUAAACUGGGGAGGAUUCAAGGGUAACCGCUAUUCUCUCAAACACACUGAGAUGAAGAUCAGGCCUAACUAAAUGGUUCCUCCCUGUCUUUCGACUUCAACACUAAAAAGGCCAGCUUUAUGAGACAGUGAUUGACAUAUGAUCAUCUGUAUAGCCUGAAAAGAUGUUAUAGUAAUAGCAACCAGUACACACUCACAAAUGUUAAACAAUUUGAUUUAUAUAUGCACAUUUGAGCGAUGCUUGUAUCUUAUCUUGUUUGGUACAUGGUUUUUAUUACGAUGAUUACAAUUCAUUGGGCUACUAUAGUUCUCUGUAGUGGUAACAGUUGUGUAACUGUGAAGUGUCUAUCAUACAUGCAUUUUUGUCUUGGCAUGUCUUGGUAUAGCUCAAAGACUUAAUAAAGACAGCAUGACAAAAAAGACAUUAUCAAGAUUUCUCUUCGUUUAUUCCCUGUCAUGAAGCAUGUCUCUCCGAGAAUUCAGUCACCAGGAACAGUAAGGACAUGAGACGUGUGUGUGUGUAUGUGUGU